AUGCCUCCGGCGUCAACGCUUCGCGGCUCCGCUUAUCUCAACGCGCUCGCCGUCGAGAUUGAGAAGAAGCUUCAACGUGCAGUAGCUUCGGCUUCUCAGAGGCGGAAUCUGUUGCAGGAGUUAUUUGCGGAUAUCGCUUUAGAAGUAGAUGAUCGAGCCAAAGGUAUUAUUUUUGGUGAGGAAGGUGCCAUUUCUGUUGAGGAUCAUGGAUAUGGGGGCCCUAUAUGCUUUUACGACGUGCUUGCUGAUCAUUUUGUUAACAUGCCCGAGAAUGGGAAAUCAAUCCUUGAUCUAAUUGUACAACUUUGGAGCCAGUCGUUUGCAUCUAACAUAUUUUCUCUCUUGUUCCACAAGUGGCUUUUUGAGGUUCAGCUUGAUAACCCUGAGGUCCUACUGCGCUACUCUUCUGCACUUGUUGAAGGUGCUACAAAUGUUUUCUGGAUUGAUAUCCAGACAAAUGCGAGGCGCUUCCAGAGUAUCUUUCGGUAUCUCCUAGAGGAAGUUGCUCUAUGUUCAGAAAGACUAAAGAAGAUUCCAUUACAGGCUCAGCGAGAUUUGUUCCUUCUCCUCUCAAGAUUCCUUUUCUUCUAUAACUCAGGUGACAAGCUUGAUAGCUUUUUGAAGCAGUUUCCUGAUUUUCCAAAUGCUUUCUUGAUUGGUGGUGCCUCGGACAUAUUCGUCAUGGAACUAGCUGAUCAGCUUCAAAAAUUAAAGGUGGAACCAGUCCUUCUCCAUUACCUCUCUGAGAUAAAAGUUCUGCGAGGCUUAGAACUCAGAAUGGCGACUAGCACGAGAUUGAAAACGAGCCUGUAUAGCUUCACAUCUCCAGGUGGUCCAAUGUACCCUACAAGAGCUGUCCGGCAUGCAGCAUGGGAUGCUUUGGACUUUCUUUUUCCUGUUGGGCGAUACCCGCGACACUUGAUAAGUCUCUUCUUUCGAUUGCUUUAUCCAUGUUGGGAAAAUAUUAGAAGACCAAAGCAAUCGUGA